AUGAAUAUGAGAAUGAAAUUCUCGAAUGCAGAGCUCCAGGCCCGUGUGGAGCAGGUGAUGCGGAAAUGGAUCCAGAAGGAUGAUAUCGAAACCGAUCAGAUUACGGAAGGUUCGAUCCCCGGGGCUUGUGUUUUCGUCAAAGCGGGUGAUAAUGAAGCUCAGUACUGUGCUGGCUGGUCUUUGAGAUACAGUGAUGCGGAGGGUCACAAUUUGGACAAGAAGGACUGGAUUCCAAUGGCCCCAGACAAGAUCUUUGAUCUUGCUUCCAUCACCAAGAUCUGGACUACGCUGUGUUUUUUCAUCCUGCAAAAGGAGCACAAUAUCUCGAUCGAGACUCCCGUCUACGAGAUUCUGCCAGGGUUCCUCGAAAACAACGAGGAGUCUGUCUUUGACAAGAAAACCGUCUUAAUAAGACAUAUCAUGGCACACAUGAGUGGAUUUCACCCGGAACCAACUCCGCUGCUUGAUUCUCCCGAGAUGUGCUGUCUCCCUGUCUCAGAACUCCGGAAAAGCGUUAUCUCCAACUCGUUGGUGACAGAACCAGGAACCCACGGUAUCUACAGUGACGUCAACUAUUUGCUUAUGGGGUUUAUCAUUGAAACCGUUUCUGGCACAUCGUUAGACAAGUACAUGAACGAGAAGUUGAUUGUACCAAUGGGACUUCAAGAUUCUGGGUUCAAUGUGGGGAAAGACAAGUUUGCGCGAGUCGUUGCCAACGAGUAUAGCAAGCCAGAGAGGGUAUUAGGAAGGCCACAACCAAUUCGCGGGACGGUUCACGACGAGAAGGGUCAUUUGUUCAAUGGAGUGGCCGGUCAUGCUGGAAUGUACUCUACUCUCGAGGAUAUGAAGGAGUUCUGUGAACUGUUACUAAAUAAGGGUUUCUACAAUGGCAAACAGAUCGUUGAUGCGGAUCUUCUGGAGAACGGCCUCAAGUGCUACACCAGCCAUCUUCCCGGUUACAAACGGGGUCUUGGUUUCGAGCUGGAUAGCCACUUCACUAUGGGGAAGGAAUUUUGUGCUUUACCUGGAAUCGCAUAUGGUCACACUGGGUUUACGGGUACCUCCUUCGUUAUCAACAACGCUACCAGAUCUUAUGUGAUUCUUCUGACCAAUAGGACGCAUCCCAACAGGGACAUUAGCGGAUCGUGUAAUCCUGCAAGAGUGGAGUUUGCAGACCUGGCUGCUGAAGUUGCACGGUCAGAGUGA